AACGUUAUUAUAAAGUGAUACCAAAUAAUCUUGAUUAUCAGUUUAGCCAUUAUCGUGCAGCCCUACUUCAAAUGCAUAUGGUUUACAGAAAGCAGCCAAGAGAUACUAUUCUCUAAUAUUAUUCUCUAAUGUAUUUUAAGGUUGAGACAAAGGCCAAAGUCCAUGAUAAGCUGGCGAACAAUCUAAAGAAUGCACUGACAGAGUUGGACCGUCAGUUUGAAAAAAUGUAUGAGGAUCUGGACAUGUGUCUCUCAGAGGGGGUACAAAAUUCAGUGAGAUUAUGUGUUGCUACUGCACAGAAAGAACUGAUAGCACCUGAUAACAUCGAUAAUAGAGGAUUCCAUAAAACACUUAAAGCUCUAUGCAAGAAUAAAGGACACUAUUGGUCAAAAAACUGGUGCAUGAUCCUAGAUCUCAAUGAGUGUUUGGCCAGACACAUGCAGGAAAGCAUUUAUGAGGAAUUUAAUCAAAUUUUUCCUGUUAAUGGCAAAACGGAGAAAUCAUUGCAAAAACACCUUGAUAAUGUCAGUAUCAUCCAAAGUGACAAUACAUACUGCAGAUCGUCUAUGCUAUACCACAUUCAGAACUUCAUCAAAACACGGGAAAACAAACUGAAGGUGUUACUCGGCAGAAAAGUUAUUAACAGGAAGAAGGAUAUCUACUCAUCAAUCGCAACAACGAUUCAGGAAAAAAUGGGUACUGGCUAUGAAAGAGCUGCAAAAAUAAAAGGAAAGGAUACCUUAAAGAAAAUGCAGAACAUUCUAAGUGGUACCAUUAAGUCAUUAAAAGAUGACAUGUUCAACGACGCCAAAAAGCGGAGUUCCUUGAGAAAUUCAAUAAGUUGAAGCUCGAAAUAAAGAAUGACUUUGAAUCGGAGAUGAAAAGAUCAAUGGAACCCUUUCAUCUCCACACUGGCAAAACCACUCUUUUGGAUGUCUCCAGAGAGAUUGAGGAGAUUGAGCUUGUGGCAAAAUAAACAGCCACGAAAGACAACUUACAACUUGGGGUGGUAGUUUUUAACUACAGAAUCUAUGCUUUUGUUAGAAUCUUUGUCUUUUAUUGUUGCUUUAUUUUUAUUUUUUUUAGACAACAUCCCUUUCAAAACUAAAUGAUUUUGUCUAUUUUCAGGCUGGUAGAUGUUAAGGGAAAUGUAUUCCUACAAAUGUUUGGAUCAGCUUUGUUUUAUAUGCAUACUGAUUGUGGGGUUUUCUUUGAGUAUAAAAUUAUUUUUUCUGCACUUAUGCUGUAAUAGGUUACAGAAGAUACAGCAAAAUGUUAUUUUUUUAACAGAAAAAUAAACAUGCUACAAUUAAUUGGUUAAUUGUAAGUUACCUUACAAUAUGAAAAAUUACAAAUGCUUUUUAAUUGAUUUGAAUGAUUUUUACUGUAAAAUACUGUCAAAUUGAUUGCUUUUGGAAUUUAAAAACUAUUAAUUAAUAUAAAUUACGUUGAAAACAGUACAAGGACAUUCCCAGAAGUCCCUGCAUGACACAUCAUAUAUUGAUUAUAUUUUGUAUCAAUAAUUAUGUCAUCUUAUUUUUGUUAUCAUUAAUAAACUUUGUGUUACAUUUGAUUUGGUUGACGUUAAUUGUGUUAUUUUAGUUUCAUGUGUGUUUUCUCUUUGUGUGUAUGAUUCUGUGCACAUCUGUGUAUGAAUACUGUUUUAUCAUGUGGCCUUCUUAUGUCAUGCAUAUCCGCUUGUUAAGUUGAUGUACUGUUUUUGGGUCCAAGCCUCCACUCUGUCACAAGUGAGAAUACUAUGUUGAAGGACCUAAGGAUUCUUUGUAGGAACUUUUGUGUGUUCAAGAAAUUUUGGUGUUGUGUUUUACUUUCUGUGAGAUUCUGCGUGAACAUCUUGUAUCUUGUAUCUUGUGUCUAGGGACAUUGGGCCAUUGUGCUCUAAAGUUAAGUGCUAAACUUAAUUCUUGCUGACUGUGACAUGUUGAUCUAAUCAUGAUGUAAUGGAG